AUGAAACCCUUGAUUGACGGUAUAAUUAGAGUGGGAUCGGAUUUGGGUUUUAUUAUUGCUUUGAUAGUCACCAAUACCGUUCUGCAGAAUGUUGAUCCGUACAAAAGAGGAUACUUUGUUCAAGAUGAAUCAAUCAAAAAACCAUUUAGACAGAACACUAUCUCAAGUACUGUCCUUUAUGUAGUUUCCUCACUACUAAUACUGAUUACGAUAGUUGUCGGUGAAGUAAUUGUUAGUGCAAAAUCUUUAAGAAAAACUCAUCAUAGAAUACCGGUGGUUUUGUAUCCAAUUUAUGAUUCUCUUAUUGUUGCUUGUUUUGGCUACUUUGCUACUAUCGGUCUUACGGAUGUAGGUAAAGUUUCAUUUGGUCGUCUCCGUCCAAAUUUUCUUGAUGCAUGCAAACCUUCUGACCUUCAAACUACGAUCUUGGGUUUUGUUGGUAAUUUUACUUGUUCAUCAGACAAAUCAAGUGGCCUGAGAAAAUCUUUCCCAUCUGGACAUACCUCAAUUGCAAUAUAUACUGCUAUAUUUCUAUGUCUUUAUAUUCAACUGAGAUUUUCACAUUCUCGCAUGUAUCCGGGUGUAAGAACAUGUUUUCAAAUGAUUUAUGUCGCUCUUGGAUUAGUUGUUGGAUAUUCACGUAUUAUCGAUAAUAAACAUCAUUGGUCUGAUGUACUUGGUGGUGGACUAUUAGGAUUUUUCGUAGCACUAAGUACCCUAUAUUACCUACCGUAUGUUGGAGACACUGGAAAUUCUCUGCCUACUUACAGAGAUGAUCAAGUGACAGUGGAAUUUGAAGUACCCGAGAAUUCGGUCUUCAGUCCAACUGACAAAUCUUCACAAUAGGUUAGCCACUACUCUUCAUAAAUAUAUUUAUCCUUCUUUUUUUUUUAAAGUUUCAAGGGAUGAUAAUAUGAAUCUAUUUUCGAUACUGGACUCCCUGUUCAUAAUAAAUGUUGACUACUGGAUUUUCACACUCAUUCAUAUUGGUUGAUACAUAUAUUAAUUGUACAACUAUGUUCUAGAGAGAAUUCAGUUAGUAUAU